AUGGCUGAGCUCGAUGCUAUCCUGGAAGCUUGCACGAGUCCUGACACUGGAUUUCUCCACGGUGCUACUUUUGUAGCAGUGGGCAGGCAAGGCAAUGACAUCUAUCGAAAGUCAUUUGGCCGCCGCAAGGUCGAUGCCAAGGCCUUGUCGCCUUUGACUUCAGACACUGUGACAUGGAUAGCUAGUCAGACAAAGCUAGUCACCUCCGUCGCCGCAAUGCAGAUUGUUGAGCGAGGUCUCAUCGGUCUGGACGACGAUGUCCGUGAAACCCUUCCGCAACUCAAAGAGUUGAAGGUCAUUACGGGCUUUGAAGAUCCAUCUACCGAAAACUUCUCGGGGCGACCAAUUCUCGAGGAUGUCAAAGGUCCACUUACCCUGAGACACCUCCUAACACACACCUCGGGAUUCGCAUACGAUCAACGCCAUCCUCUCUUGGUGAAGUACUCGACCUGGGCAAACAGGCGAGACCAUAUGUUCUCAGGCACCAUCGAGGGCUCAUUCCAUCCCCUGAUCUUCCAGCCAGGAGCAUCAUGGCGCUAUGGCCCGGGGCUUGAUUGGGCUGGCCACGUUAUUGCAAAGCUCACCGGCAUGAACUUUGACCAGUACGAGCAGCAGAACAUCUGGGAGCCGCUCGGAGCAAAGAACACAACGUUCUUCCCCGCCAAGCGAGGUCUUACUCCGGACGAUAUCCACGAAUCGGCGCACCGUGAUCCUAAUAAGGGGGACAACCCGCAAAACCUUGAGCCGGGCCAGUCUCCUUGGAAAUUUGAUCCCCGGGAUGCCCUUGGUGGUGCGGGCCUCUUCUCCACCGCAAACGAUUACAGCAAACUCUUGGCAGCCUUGUUGUCGGGCGGCGGCCCGCUUCUGAGCACCAAGUCUGUCGAUGAGCUGUUCCGCCCCCAAAUAGGUGCUGAGUCGAUGGCUGCCUUGCGGGAGAUCCUCGUCGUCGGUACGGGCCCGGACGAGUCCCAGUCGUUCCUCUGGAGACAGUCACCUCAGCAGUGGAAGGAUGUCAUGGAAGUCGGGCAUUGCCUCUGCGGCGUUGUCAACAGCGAGGACGUCGAGGGGCGAAGGAGACAGAACACUGUCAGUUGGGACGGCCUGCCAAACUUGUUCUGGUUUAUAGACUGCGAGAGUGGAGUGGCGGCUACCUUCUUCACGCAGGUGCUUCCCUCGGAUGACCUGUCAAUCAGACGGCUCUUGGUGGAUCUGGAGAAGGCACUUUACAAGGUUGUAAACGAUAAAUGA